UCGGCGCGGCGCGGCUCGGCCAGCAUGAAGAAGCACCAGCCGCACUCGGUGCAGGGCACCUUCAGCCGCCUGUUCGGCAAGCGCCACUCCAGCCCCAGCGCCGCGUCCCUGUUCGCCACCAACCCGCCCUGGAUCUUCACGCAGGAGGUGACCUCGGACAGCGCGGGUGGCACCGGUGAUGUGAUCGAGGUCUAUUACGGGGACAAUCGCUUCGGGACGGUGACAGACUCGGGCACGGCCACGCUGAAACCCCGCCCGAGGGUCCGGCCCCUGCUGACCUUCCUGCCCCUGAACGCCCAGGAAUCCCACGGGGUGGCUGUGCCAACGCCGUCGGUGCCAGAAGACUUUGUGGAGAAGGCAGCUCUUGGCUCUGGCUCCCAGCUCAAUGGCAAUAUUCGCAUGUACAGCUCGGUGGGGGACCUGCGCCCGCAGGCCCUCGAUGGGCACGACCUGGAUGAAGACAUCCCCCCGCCGCCAUCGGUGCCCCCACCGCCCCCUCCAGCGCCCGUGUCACCGCCCGUGGCCUCGCCGGUGCCUCCACCCCCCGAGAUGCUGCCGCCACCGCCGCCAGUGCCACCCGAGGCGGUGCCACCGCCCCCCGCCAUGGCAGCGCCGCCGCCGCCUGCCUCAGCCCUGUCCUCGCCCAGCACUCCUGCUCCUCCAGACUUCAUCCCUCCUGCCCCGCCAGGCGCCCGCGACCCCUCCGGGCCUGGCAUGUCCAAGUGGAAAUCAGAGACCGUGCUGAACUCGAGGCAGGGGGACGCCGAGGGGCCGCUCUGCGCUGCCGAGCCCGGGGUGCCCACGGCCCCCAGCCCCAAGGAGAGCCUGCAGCCCAAGGCUGAGCCCCACCUGACCUUCCCCAGGUCGUUCAAGGUGCCGCCGCCGGCCCCGGCGCGCUCCUCGUCCAUCCCGGUGCAGGAGGGCCGGCAGGAGCCCCCCGUGCCCAGGCAGCCUCACGCCCGGCCGCCCCUGCCGCCCUGCUUCACCAUCAGAGCCGCCAGCAAGGCGCGGCCGGGAGAGGCCGAGCAGAGGAGCUCCGGGCUCAGACAGGGCCUGGGGAAGGCGGCUGUGCCCCCUCCACUGAGCCCCAAGCCGGGCACAGGCCUCGGCCAAGGCGUGAAUCCCCCCGGCCACCCUUCCCCUCUGCCAGGCUCCGAGGGGGAGAGGAUUCCCCAGCUGAAAACAGCCGGGAGAGACUCCCCUCCAAAAUCUGAACCUCUCACUGCCAACGACCUGGAUCUGCCUCCUCCAGACUACCCGAGCUGCGAGGAUGACUGGAAGGAUGCCAGCAACCUGAACAAACUGCGGGACGAGCUCUCGGCGCUGCUGCGCUCCCCGCGCCGUGAGGAGAGGCCGCUGGAGAGGCCACUGGAGAAGCCAGGAGCUCCCCAGCCCACGGACAGCGGUCCCAGCCGUGCUGGCAGCCGUGAGCUGGAGCCCAGCGAGCCCCAGAUCACCAGGAAGGACAUGGGGUUACCCAAGGGAGGGGAGACUGAGAAGAAAGAGGUGCCCAGCAGCACCCCCAGCACCAGUGUGGGCUCUCCCAUCACGGCAGUCACUGCCCCAGACAGCAACCCUGACACACAGCCCCGCAGUGUGAUGAUGAUCAGAAACGAGCUGGAGGCUGUGCUGUCCCUGAAGAAAGAGGGGAAACCUGCUCCAGGGCCCAGCAGCCAGAAGCAGGCUGUGGAGAAUGGCAUCAGCACCCCACAAGUGAGGAAGAGCCCCCCUGACGUGAGGAAGGGCGCCCCUGACACAAGAGACUCAGUGGUGCCAAAGCCGGUCCCCAGCCCGCUCCCAGCCCCGGUGGCUGCUGUGGAGAAGGAUGAGACAGACCACGAGGACCAUCCUGCUCCUGCUGCUGGCAAGGUCACAGAGGACAUGAGCCCUGCUCCUGGGUCCCUCAGCAGCAGCAGCAGCGUGAGUCCCCCAGAGCCACCUCAGGCACCGGCAGAGGAGCCCCCGGCUCCCAGCCCGCCCUCGGCCCCUGUGUCCCCUGCUCAGAGCCCGGCACCACAGCCCAGCUCGGCCGUCUUCCAGUACAAAGUGCACCGGGCUGGGGCCAGCUCGGCCGAGCCGCCCCGCGCCCCGGGCUCAGCUGAGCCACCCCGUGCCCUGAGCUCAGCCAAGCCGCCCUGUGCAUCGGGCUCUGCUGAGCCACCCUGCCCCAGGAGCUCAGGCAGCAGCCCCCCAGGCCCCUCGGGAGCGGGGCAGGAGGAGGUGCUGAUCCACCCGGUGACGGGGGAGCGCGUGGAGCGGGGCUCGCCCAUGGCCCUGCUGCUGGCAGCCCGGCAGCGUGCCCAGCGGGGCCGCCAGCCCGGGGAUGGAGCAGCUGCACUCAGGGUGAGGCCAGCCCUGAGACUCGGCAGUGCCUCGUCGGACACCACCUCCUCCACCAGCUUCUUCCGCAACGAGUCCAAGCCCUUCUCCUUCACCGUGGUGCCUCGGCCGUCUGCGGCCAGCCCGGCGGGGUCUGGCUGGAGCAAACCCCCCUCGUUCUCCAGCUCCUCGGAGCAGGGCCGGGCCGUGCGGGCGGUGGGAGAGGCGCAGCUCCCCAGGCCCCAGCGAGCCGCUGCCUCCAGCCUGCUCCGGGGGCUGCUGGACUCGGGACAGCCCGGCCCGGCCCGGCACGGAGCUCCCAGCGAGGAGGAGAGCGGGGACACGGCGCUGGACUUUGGCAUCAUCCCCCCGCCCCCCGAAUUCAGCAAUGAGGCGGACCAGGCUUCCCUCCCGAGCCGGGAGGAGAGCCGCAAGUGCCCCAGCGUCCCUGACAGCGGCCGGGGCUCGGGAGAGCCGCGCUAUUUCAGGUGGGCUGGCUACAGCCGCAUCUAUGGGGCCAACAACCCAGAACCAGCGGCUCUGCCGCCCUCGGAGAAGAGCUGGAGGAACGGAGACCUUGCACCGCAGUACCCGGAUAACAGCAGCUCCUCGAGCUUCCCCAGCCACGGCCCCAACCCGCGGCCGCUGAUCAAGAAGCGCCUGUACAUGUCGGAGCCCGACAGCUCCUACCCCCGGGCCGCCGCAGCCCCCCGGGCCUCGGGCACCCUGUCCUCCACCCUCUCCUCCUACGGCCCCGGGGGAUUCAGCUCCACGCCCGGGGAGGGGGCUCGGCGCCCGGGCCCUGGCCUCAGGAAUGGCCCCUCGAGCGCCCAGGGCAGGCGGGCGUCCAUGGAUGCUGCGGGGAAAGCCGCGGCCUACGGCGGCACCGGGGCUGAGGCCAAGUACAAGGGGCAGAACGGGGACUUCUCGCCCGCCAGCGUGCUGACAGCCAGCAGGCCUGCCCACGGCGCCCCACACUACGGGGCACCCUCCAACACCUUCACGGUGCGGCCUGGCACCCGCCAGCCCAUCUCCUACGCCUACCCGAGCCACCGGUAGGCUGAGCUCGGGGCCGCCCCACUGGCAGCCGCAGGAAAGGGAUGAGAAGGUGCCUGGGUUGGACAUCUCCUUCUCUACGGGCACCAGGGACGGUCCCAACCCAGCCUGGAAAUGCACGUGCUUGGAACUGCUGGUGGGGAAUGAGCCCGAGACCGGACUUUUCUCAAAGACUGCCAUGGAGAGUUGUUACUGCGGAGGGCAGGCCGCUGCCGUGUUACGUGAGCAAUCGUGGUUUCCCUCUUUCCCGUUCUCCCUCCUGGAUUAUUUUCAGAAUUGCAGCCUGAUUGGCUGUCUAGGAAAGCCAAAGAGCAUCCUCAGCUCUCUUCAGAGAGCAUCACCACUGGAAAGGUUGGUUUUGGUUUGGUUUUUAAUUGGUUUGACUCCAGCAUGUUUGGAAGCAGGGAGAAACCAACUGAGAGAUGUGCACAAUGGAAAUAAAGCAGUGUAUAGCUAGAUGUCAGGGAUUGAAAUAAGAAUGUGAGCCCAGUGGGGUAGGAGGAGAGUUUAGGAUGCCUUGAUCCUGACCCUUGCUGUCCUUAAGAGUUUGGAGCAAAUCAGUUCUGCCUUAAGCCCAGCUCUGAGCAGUCAGUGCCUGUCCUGCCAUGCCAGGCUCUGACCCUUCUCCAGGAGCAGCUUUGGGAGCAGGGGCCCUGCUUUGCUGUGCCUUUUGGUCACUGUAAAUGUUUCUGUUGGCAAUUAUUCCUCGUGGAAGGAGGCUGUGAGGCCUGGCUGGAAGGCUGUGAAGCACUUUGGAGGUGUAGGACACAGAGCAAUCCUUUUCCUUGGGCUGGUGGGUGCCAGUGACUCACCCAGUGCUGUGCUGCUCUCUCUGAGGGUUCCUGUGCCACUCACAGCCCUGUGCCCCCCAAAGUGUCCUUAUUUCCUCAGUUAUUAAUAAGUGUCCUUAUGAACUGUUGCACUGAUCUGGGGCUGAGGAGCUCCAUUUCAGUGUGGCUGUUUGUGCAGGUGGGUGUCCGCAGGGACACCCAAAGGGAGCUGGCUCUCUCUGUUUCCCUCAGCGCUGUUCCAGGCGCUGCAGGUGCAGCCCUGCCCUGCUCCCCUCUGCUGCCUGGGCAGGGUGGGAGCUCUGAGGGGCCUUAAAGAGGGUUCCAGCUUCCAGAGUGAGCCGUAGGGUCUCACAGCUGACCUGAGUUGUGAAUAGCCAACGUCCUGAAACUAGAAACAGAGACUCUUCCUUGGAGGCAAACCUGCUGAAAAUCACUGUAAGAUAACUGUAAAAACUUGUAGAGAAUUUUUUCUUGUCACUGAUAAACUGAAAGCACUUUGAGACAUGAGUCUGUUUUUAUGGAAAGCACUUUCUAUUUUCAAUGCUAUAAAUGCCACUGAUUCCACUCCAGCUGACCAUGCCUGGCACACACCUGGAUGUGGCCUGCAAGCAGAUCCUGCUUUACAAUGCAGCUCAAAAUCAGGGAUUAAUUUUCCUUCACUGUGGAGUUCUCAAAAGUUAUCUUGAUAUUUGAGUCAUGUCAUUGAUGUUCUGUGUUUUGUGUUAUUUCCAGCUUUACCUAAUAAUUUAACAGCCCUUUGAGAUAUUGCAGCAGCUUUAAAGUAUUCUGAACUUCACUUUGCUGUGAAUAAAAUGAAAACUCAAAUACAAUAAUCAGUCUAAUAGCUAAUUCAAAGGGCAUUUUUAUGCCAGCAAGUCACAGUGGCUUAGAAGAUUUCCACUGCUCAUCCCAGCCAAUAUUGAAAUAAUAGGCCUUUAAUAUAUGGGUGUUGGUUUUAAAAAAAUAUUUAUGGGGAAAAGUGACUAUGGAGUAACUAUAAGGACAUUUAAGUGUGCCAAGUGUCAUGUGGAAUACCACCUGCCCCAAAACAUGGAAUUUUCUCCAUGCAAGGAGCAUCUUGAGCGUUCUUAUUCAUCUGUAGAAGUAAAUCCGUGCUCCCCCUUGAGGGGCUUCAGGGUCAUGUUUUGGUACUGGAUGAAGUUUCACAGGUUUAACUUGAAAGCAAACAAAGAAGUCUCUUUGGUAAUGUUGCAACUUAAUGUUUUUUUCUUCCUGAUACUUCUUUUUUCAAAAUAAUAAGCUAUAUUUGCAAACGAGCUCUCAGAAACAAUUUUAAGGCUGGGUGGGCAAUUUCAGCUUUUGAUACUGACUUUGCCCAGAAGGGGAGGGCAGGGGGGUAUGUGUGCAGUGUUCCACCUCAAGAAUUCUUCCAAAUUGCAAUCUCCUGAAGUUGUUUUUUCUCUUUUUAGAGAAAAAUGUGACACUCCAAUGUUGGUACCUGCUUUAAAUGUCACAUUUACUUCACCCAGACACACAAUUCAUGUGUAGGUGAAAUAUGGUCUUAGACCCCACGGAGUGUCUCAUUUCUAGCAGACAUAAUUGCUUUAAUUUAGCAUUAGAAGUGUGAUAAUAGAAUCAGCUUUAUAAAGUAGCCACUCCUCAUUCAAGAACAGCACUCAGGGGCUGCCCAGGGGCCUGAGCUGUCACUGGACCAGGUUGGACUCUGCUCCCAGUUGUAGGACUGGUUAGCAGGCAGGUUCUCAGCAGUGGGACUCUUCUAUUCCUCACUUUGCACUAUCCCUGCUUCUUUUGAAUGCAUUCAGCAGAUUCUGGUAUUUCAGGAACAGCUCAGCAUUGAUUCUGGGGCCGCUGUGACAAAGGGAGCACUGUCAGAGCUGUUGGCAGCCAAAGGGGACAGAGUUGGAUCUCUGAGGAGUGAGGACUGCAGGGCGGGGACAAGCCCCCCUUCCUGGGGCAGGUAACUGGAUAAACAAACUGUCCCUGCAUUCCAUUACUCCUCCCAGCUCUUUCACUGCAGGCAUUUAGCAAUAGAGAAAGAGGAAACAAAACCAAGGGGUAUUAAUGGAGCAAAGCACCCUGCCUCAGCCCAGUGCUGAGAGCAAUGCUGAAGCCUGAGUGUGGAAUUGUUCUCACUUCACCCUCUCUGAGGCAGUGUGUAAUUCAAGUCGUGACACAACUGAAAUUAUCCCCUGCAGCUGCCUCUUCCUCACAGGUUCCUGCUAGGGGAGCGUAACAGAGCUUAGCUGUAAAGUAUUGAACAAAGUCUCUUAUUUAUGAGUGCCACUGAACACCAACCUUCUUGCAUUAAACAUUUCCGGAUGUUUUA